UUUGGCUACAUGCUCGACACACAGGGCGGUAACUCGGGGUCGCCCGUCUUCUCGACCAAGGAGAACGUCGUCGUCGGUCUCCACAACUGCGGCGGCUGCGAGAACGGCGGCAUCAAGAUCAACAAGGUUGUCGACAUCCUCAAGGCCAAGAACUUGGUCCCGAAGGACGCCAUUGUCAACACCAAGCCGGCGUGCUAGUGAGAAAAGUCGACGAUAGUGGAGCUGUAAACGCUGCAGAAUUUUGAUUUGUUUUUGG